UGUGUGUUAUACAUAACCUGAAAACCCAUGCUGUUUAAAUUUACAUUUAAAUAUAUACUUACAGUCUACUUAUUCUUGUGUUUUAUUAUAUGAAGAAUGUCUUUUUUUAUUAAAAGUAAACCAAAACGAGGAGUAAAAAGCAAGUUUUCAAGUAAAAAGGAGCACACCACAAAGGCUAAAAAAUCUAAACCAGCAAACAACAAUGAUGACACUAUUACAAGUAGCGAGGACGAAGAAGAGAAACAAGUAAAUGGCAAUUCGGACACGCUAUCGUCUGAUGAUGAGAACGAGACUGCUCAAGAAAAAAAAUUACGUUUAGCUAAAAUUUUCUUGGAAGAAAUUGAAAAAGAAGAAACCGCAAGGCUUCAGCAGGAUAACGAGUUAAACAGUGAUGUAAUAUCUAAACGACUCAAGCUCGAUUAUUUGAAACAAGCUGGCCGAUUAAAGUUAUCUGUGGCAAGCGAAUAUGUGGGAGGAGAAAUUAGUAAAGUGAACAUUUUAAAAGCGAAAGAACACAGGCAUGCCGUCACCUGUCUUUGUGUAUCGUCGGAUUAUAAGUAUGCAUUUUCCGGCAGUAAGGAUAGCAGUAUCGUUAAAUGGUCACUUACCGAAAACAAAAAACUACUCUCCAUUCCGUUUCGCAAGAAAGUAAACGUAGAUUCGAAAGAAGUAGUCGGUCACAGUAAGCAAAUAUUAUGUAUAGCAAUUUCAUUCGAUGACAAAUUUUUGGCAGUCGGUGAUGCCACUAGUGUGAUACAAAUUUGGAAUCCUGCAGAUUUAAGGCACAUCGGUUCACUAAAAGGACAUCGAGAUUCUGUGACCGGUGUAACGUUUAGGGGAAAUACCCACACGUUGUAUUCCUGUAGCAAUGAUCGUUCGGUGAAAGUGUGGUCGUUAGAUGAAAUGUCGUAUGUGGAAACGUUGUAUGGGCAUCAGGAUAAAAUAACUUCAAUAGAUUGUCUUACGAAGGAACGUGCCAUUACGGCAGGCGGGAGAGAUACAUCAAUACGUUUGUGGAAAAUUUUGGAGGAAUCUCAGCUAAUUUAUAAUGGACAUUCGGGCAGUAUUGAUGUUGUACGGUUAAUAAAUGAAGAACAUUUUGCUUCAGGUGGUGACGAUGGUAAUUUAUGUAUAUGGUCAAUUGGAAAGAAGAAACCUAUAUGCCUAGUUAAAGAAGCGCAUGGAUGUGAUCCUAGUAAUUUACAACCUUUUUGGAUAGUGUCCAUUGCUACAUUGGUGAAUACAGAUUUGAUUGCAUCAGGGUCGCACGACGGCUCUAUUCGAUUGUGGCAUCUUGAAAACAAAUUGCGCCAGCUUACUCUGCUGUUCCAAUUAGAAGUAGCUGGUUUUGUUAACGACUUAGUUUUUAGCAGAAAUGGAGAUCACUUAUUAGCUGCAAUUGGAACUGAACAUAGGUUUGGACGAUGGUCUGUCAUAAAGUCGGCAAAGAAUAGUGUUGUUGUAAUACCUUUAACAAAAAAAUGACGCAUAAUAUUUCUCUUUGUAAAUAAGUUUCAACAACAUAUUUAUAGUGCGAGUUCGAUAAUUUAGUGUUCAUUGUUAAUUGGAAAAGCGGAUCACCUGAGCUUUGCAUUUGUCAUCCAUUCUUGAAAAUAAUUUAUAAUAUAUAAAGUUUAUUUUUACACAAUAUGUUGAAUGUUAAUGCAUGUUAAUUCUUAUGUGCAAAAUAUAUAUGUCAUUUAAUA